AUGCGAGCUGAUGUAGCAGCAUCAGGGCGAUUUGACCACCGGUGGCUGGCAUACGCCACGCUUAAGGAUAUGUCGUGGCUCAGAGAUCGACAGGGUAAGGCAUACAGCUUGAACGGGGCCGACUUUGCGCGAAACUUGAAUUACCUUGGCGAGACAAUGACGUGGACGACCGUGCAGAGUGGCAUGGUCUUGUUCUCUCCUACGCGUGACAUGGCGUCCCAGUCUAUGGCAAAGCGACGGCAUUUUGGGUCCUUCUGCCUCGCGCUGCUUUACAAUUUCCCGUCACUGGUAUAUCGACCACUGGAGCCUGGGUCUGUGAUUGCAUACUCUACAAAGGUGCACCAGUUCCAUGACUGGCUUCUAACUGGUGACGGUAAGUCGCUCAGACAUUUCGAUACGGGCAUGGAAUGUGGAGUGCAACCGGUCGCGUCGAUGGCGGCAUGCGAUAUAGCCGCGUCAACAGCUAGUAAGUCUCCUGUUCACUUUGGAGCGCAUCCGGCGCUUACUCGCGUUGUCCACAUGUGGGCUGGACGACGAAGGUGGCGGCCGCAACGACGUAAACUGAAACAGAUUAUCACCCAGCGGCGCCGUGCUGUAGGGACUAGACUUCUUGAUGAACGUGUGGCAACGACGGACGUUCACGUGAUCUCGGAAGGUACAACAUUGAUUACUUGGAGGGACAUUCGACGAAUACGAGCGUCCUUUCCGACAAACGCUCAGACGCUGUAUAGGCUAAAGAGUAACAGUUUUCCGCUCUGGAAUUGGGCGAAGCAAGAUCUGUCUUGCCCGGUCCCUGAGUGUGCGAAUGCUGGUCCAGCUCUGGCAAGCCAUAUCUUUUGGACAUGCUCUAGUGCGCUUCGUCACUGGGAGUUUCUCCUUGAUCGGUGGCGAUGGCUUGGAACUUUCCAGGAGGCUGAAUUGAAUGUUUGGGUGUUUGGCCUGGACCUCCCGGCGAUUCCACCCUACGCCUGGGAUGUAAUUAAGCAAUCCAUGGACCCAGGCACAAAUAUAUCAAAAGCUCAGGCUGCUAUAUUUCCGGCAGCUAGAGAGCUGUGGCGUUUUGUCGUAUCAACGACCCUUCAUGCAAUUUGGGUCGAGCGCCUCCGCCGCAUGGAAGACUCGUCGUUAUCACAGGAGGUGCACAUAGCCAGCGCCAAGACGAGCUUUCGUCGGGCGGUCAGACGAUUUCGGCGAUCAACCUAUCAGCCCGAGAUGGGGGAAGAUGGGCAACUGGUUGCGCAGGUACGGUCGGCCUUGGCUGAUACCCUACUCUGCUACGAUGAACCUCCUUCGUUACUAGUCCGGCCUAUCGACCGGCUCCCUGGCGAGCUUCACCUCCUCUUCUUUGACGGCGGGUCCCGCGGAAAUCCAGGUCCAGGUGGAGCCGGGUCUGUGAUUGUAUGA